UCAUAGGGAGGCGUGAUCACUCCGCGUUGACACCUUGCAUCGUAUUUAUUUACUUUGUGAAAUAGACACCCCUUGUCUCACCAUGCGGUUAAGUUUGAAACAGGAAGCUUUAGCUACUAUUACGAUACUGAUCGUUCUUUUCAAAGCGUUUCACUGAUGCAUCAGGGUCGCAUCAUCGCUUCAAUCGAGCAAGUAAAUAGUCUCUCCGCCUCCAUCGCCUCUGACAUCGCAUGGCCUUAGUGGAUAAAGACAACAGCCAGCGUAAUAUCAUUGAUUCUACAAACUAUAUUUCCUUUCGUUUUUCUCAUAACUUAACUGAGUAAAUAAGACAGAUGAACUCGUUUUACGACGGAAAAAACCCUAGUGAUUUAGGGUUGGAAGAGGAACUGAGUCAAGUGAACUGCCAAGAUGAGUUGGAGUUUGACUACCUGUUUGAAUACGAACCACCUUGCGACAACUUUCCCGGGGAAGAUCAAGAUGAGCCAAAUCUCUCCUCACAGAGAGUCAGCCCUCCAUCUGGUCUGGCCUACAUCCAGGAGGAGGCUUCCCCCUACAGCAUUAAGUGUAGUGAGCACAACCCAGAGAGCCUCUCUUGCUAUGAGCACCUGGAAGCCAAAAACUACCUGGACCACUCCAGGCUUGGGGGCAUUGCCCUGAGCCCCAGGAUCGAGAUCACACCGUCACGUGAGCACUACAGCGAUGGACGAGAUUCCCUGCAGAACCACACUCUGAACAUCAGCCCCCGUCCCACCCUGACCGUCCCGGGCCACGAAAGCCUGGCCUACCGUGAGCCCCAGUGCUUGAGCCCAGCCUCCAGCAACUCCUCCACCAGCUGGCACUCGGAGAGCUACUCCCCCUGGGCCUCUCCCUGCGUGUCCCCUAGUAGUGGCCAGACCGGGGCUGGGGACCUCUGGCCCCGCUUCCAGAACAUCCACACCGGCUCCCCCCGCACCUCCCCGGGCACCUCCCCCCGCACAGAGGAGGGCUGCAUCGCCCCCCGCUCGCCCUCCCCAUCCCUCAGGCCAGGAUCCCGCUCCGCUUCCCCACAGGGCAAACGCACCUACGACAUGUAUAGGAACACCAGCCUGAUCAACGGGAUCCCUUCCAACAGUCUCCCCCAUAGGGGCCACGAGGAGCAUCCCCAAAAGAACGCAGGGGCCCACUACGGGACCUCCAACAGUCUGGCUGAGGCCAUGAACGGCUAUGGCACUGUCCAGCCUGGUCUAGUCCCCACCAAGAUAGUGAAGACAGCCAACCAGGCAUAUGCCUUCUACCCAGAGAACCACAGGGAGGUCAACUACCUGGUGUCCUGUGAGCAGGAUGUUAAGAAUAAAACUGGGGCUGAAUCCUUCUUUGUGAUCCCUCCCAUCUGGACCAAGCAGAUGGUCCCCAACCUCUGCAGCAUCCCAUUGUCUUCUCUGCCCCCUCUGGAAUGGCCUGUCCCCAGCCAUACAGACCAGUACAAGCUCCAUGUUGACGUGCAGCCCAAGCCCCACCACCGAGCCCACUAUGAGACAGAGGGGAGCAGGGGCGCGGUCAAAGCUCCCACUGGUGGUCAUCCUGUUGUCCAGUUGCAUGGCUACAGGGGAAAGGAGCCACUGGGCCUGCAGAUCUUCAUCGGGACCGCAGAUGAGAGGAUCCUGAAGCCCCACGCUUUCUACCAGGUUCACCGCAUCACGGGCAAGACGGUUACCACCACCAGCUACGAGAAGAUCAUCAACUCCACCAAAGUCCUGGAGAUCCCUCUGGAGCCCAAGAACGACAUGAAAGCAAUAAUCGACUGUGCUGGGAUCCUGAAGCUCAGGAAUGCUGAUAUUGAGCUGAGGAAGGGCGAGACGGACAUCGGACGAAAGAACACUCGUGUGCGUCUAGUGUUCCGUGUGCAUAUACCCCAACCUAAUGGGCAACACAUCUCACUGCAAACCGCCUCCCAUCCUAUUGAGUGCUCCCAGCGUUCCGCCCAUGAGUUGCCCAUGGUGGAUAAACAAGACAUGGACAGCUGUUCUGUCCUGGGAGGUCAGCAGAUGAUUCUGACAGGACAAAACUUCAGCUCCGACUCCAAGGUCAUCUUUACGGAGAAAACCCGUGAUGGACAGCAGAUUUGGGAGAUGGAGGCAACUGUAGACAAAGAUAAAUGUCAGCCCAGUCUGCUGUUUGUUGAAAUACCCUCCUAUCGCGACCUGUCGAUUUGCCAUUCUGCCAAAGUGAACUUCUAUGUCAUCAACGGAAAGAGGAAGCGCAGCCAGCCUCAGCACUUCACAUUCACUCCACUGGCAGUCCCGUCCAUUAAAACAGAGCCUGUGGAUGACUAUCCUUUCUCCAUGACCCAGAUUAUGGGUGUGUCCCCCCAGUCCUACUACCACCACAGCCCUGGGUCCCGUGGGAUCAUCCACCCAGACAACGGCCUGGUCUCCAGCAUGGCCUCCUGCCAGCAGGUCCGCUCCGGCCUCCCCACCCCCGUCCCAGACACCUGCUUCCAGCAGCAGAGCCCAGCCAUUGUGUACUCCCGUGGGGGAAAGAGUCUGAGCGGCAGUCCCGGGGGGCUCUACCAGCAAACUGGGGAGAUGCGGGUGAUGCCCGACCCACACCGCUCCGUCCUGGUUCACACGGGCUCCCCAGCUCAGUCGUCCCCGCUGGGGGCCCAGCAGCAGCAGCAUGGAGGGGGCCAGGGCCAGCACCCCUCCAUUAUCCAGUUCUCCCCCAACAACCAACACCUGCUCCGGGGAAGCGACCCUCCACCUCUCCAGCCUGACAACCAUCAGCACAUCAUCUACUGUGAUGGCUACCCUCAGCAGUCUGGAGCCCAAGCUCACUCCCCUAUCUCGGCCCACUCCCCCCAACAUUACCCAACCACAGUGAUCCAGCAGCAGCCCUAUGUGCCCAAGGCGGUGCCCAAGGGCAGGUCUUCCCCUGGUGGGAUGGAGGCCCAGAGAUGCCCCCCUGGAGAGGAGCAGAGAGCCAGCCUCCCUGGAGGACGGGUCACAGUCAAGGAGGAGAACCUGGAUCAAAUGUACCUUGAUGACGUAAACGAGAUCAUAAGGAAGGAUCUGACUGGCGUGCAGGCCAGAGUUCAGACAUAGACGACAGCAAACAGGAAGUGGACAGCUGCAGCUCGCUCUGCGUCGCCACGGGAACUUCUUCUUCUUCCCUGUGUGCCCAACUGUCCAUCUCCAUAGCAACUAUCAACAAUCAGCUACCAGCAUUUUGGCUGUUCAGUCCUUUUCCUUCAAAUAACUGUUUCUCGGCUAAAAAUUCAGUGCCUUUUACCCAAUACCAAAGAACGUUCUACCAAAGAAAAUCGUCUUAAUUUUUAGGAUCAUCGUAAACUAGAUUGUGCCUUGUUUUUUUGUAUAAUGUUGAAUAGAGGGUGAAAAUUCAUUAAUUCAAGCAAGUCACAAUCAUGGCAGUAGCUGUGGCAAUACUCGGUGUUAAAACCUUAUGCAAACCUUUUCAAGGAACUUUCACCCUCUAAUCUUGUUGACACUUCUACUAAUGACACCAUGCAUAAAAUAUGCCAACAUGUCAGCAUUGCACUGUGAUGUGUGUAUUGUGUUAUGAAAUGUAAUGACCGAAAUUCUUCUUGAGCUUACUUUGAUCAUCUCAUCUUUCUACUCUAAAGGAGACACAUUGCACACUGCCAUCCUAAUAACCCCCAAAAUAUUUGAUGGAAUGUUCAUCUCCCCAUAUUCUUGCUUUUCAAAGUUAUGUGCACUGUUUAGUAGGGGAAUCGUUAUGUAUGUGUAUUCUUACAUGGUGUGUUGUCUUUAUUUCAAUAUUUAAUGUUUUUUUCCUCAUUAUGUUUGAGUCAUGUGAUGAACUUAAUGUAACUAAAAUGUAUAUUACAGUAUAAGCACUUGAUUUGCCGAAGAGGCCAGUGUUUUUAAUACAGGUUAUUAUUUUGAACUGCUUAGAGAAAAAGUAUUCUACAUUUCUCUAUGAAUGAUUGAAUAUUGAAUUAGCCUCAAAGGGCUUAUAUUCAAAUAGUUACAUGCAAAUCCUCACACAGGAAAUAAUUAGUGGGAAAUGUAAUAACGUAUUGUUCCCAGUUACAAAAUUAGCAGGCUAUAAAGAUGUCUAAGCAGGAUAGUUUUUGAGUGUAUGCCUACAAUACAUUUGACUACAAUAGUCUUUCAGUGUCUUCAGAAAGAAUUCAUAACCCUUGACUUAUUCCACAAUUUGUUGUUACGUUACAGCCGGAAUUCAAAAUGGAUUAAAAAACAAUCUUGCCUAUCUACACACAAUACCCAUAAUGACAAAGUGAAAACAUGUUAUAAGAAACGUUUGCAAUGAAAUGCAGAAAUAUUUGAUUGACAAGUAUUCACACCCCCCGAGUCAAUACUUUGUAGAGUCACCUUUGGCAGCGAUUACAGCUGUGAAUCUUUCUGGGUAAUUCUUUCACACCUGGAUUGUGCAACAUUUGCCUGCUGAAAGGUAAAUUUAUCUCCCAGUGUCUGGUGGAAAGCAGUCUCAACCAGGUUUUCCUCUAGGAUUUUGCCGGUGCUUAGCUCCAUUCCCUUAUUUUUUUAUCCUGAAAAACUCCCUAGUCCUUAGCGAUUACAAGCAUACCCAUAACAUAAUGCAGCCACCACUAUGCUUGAAAAUGUGGAGAGUGGUGCUCAGUAAUGUGUUGUAUUGGAUUUGCACCAAACAUAACACUUUGUAUUCAGGACAAAAAGUGAAUUGCUUUGCCACAUUUGUUGCAGUAUUACUUUAGUGCUGUGUUGCAAACAGGAUGCAUGUUUUGGAAUAUUUUUUUAUUCUGCACAGGCUUCCUUCUUUUCACUCUGUCAAUUAGGUUAGUAUUGAGCAGUAACUACAAUGUUGUUGAUUUAUCCUAUCACAGCUGUUUUAAAGUCACCAUUGGCCUCAUUUAAAAAAAAAAAAUGUAACCUUUAUUUAACUAGGCAAGUCAGUUAAGAACAAAUUCUUAUUUUCAAUGACGGCCUAGGAACAUGAGACCAAUAGCUGCCCUUCUUUUUUUUUUUUUUCGCAAUCACAAUCAGCAAUAUACAAUAUAUGUAGUGCUUAUUAUUGUUUGCAUAUACAAUAACAUCCCAAGUAUUCAUACCUGUACUGUACAUACUCUGCCUUACAUUUCCAAGAUAAUCCCACAUUUCCAAGAUGAGCUGUGAUUUCUUUAUUCAGUGUCAUUGUCAUUAUAUGUGUAUUUUGAUGUACAAUCAAACAUGAAAUCAAUAGGAUUUCCUGCAUGUACAGUCAGGUCCAUAAUUAUUGACCUUGUUGAUAAAGCUGACCAAAAAGACAUUAUAAAAUAAAUAAUACAAAUACUGAGCUCUAAAAUUUGGAAGUUAUAUUAUUUUAUAAUAAGACAAUUGCUCAGAGAAAGAGAUUUUGUUUAACAAGUAAUAAUUUCUUUUAAAUUUAAAAGACGGGUCAAAAUGAUUGGCACCCCUGUUUUAAAUAGUCUAGCACACUCCCAUUGGGAGGAUAAUGACAGUCUUAAAAAAGAAAAGAUGUUGGGAGGGAUCUUAGAGCUCCAUAUAUAAUUUUUUCAGAUCCUUGAUAUGAUUUAUUUGCUCUUAUGGACUUCCCUCUUCUAUUCAAACCACUGGUUUUCAAUGGGGUUCAAGUCUGGACUGAAGUAUGAUAAACGACAUUGGCACUUGGAUUGGAACCGGUGCUCUGGUCAGAAGACAGGAAAUAGAGCUCUUUGGACACGGACACCGGUGGUGGGUUUGGCGUUGAAAAACAUAUGCAGAAAAGAACCUCAUAUCUACUGUAAAAUCAGGUGGUGGAUCUUUGAUGUUAUAGGGUGGUUUUGCUUCCACUGGUCCUGGGGACCUUGUUAAAGUUCAACAAACAGCAUCAUGAACUUUACCAAGUACCAGGACAUUUUAGCCCCAAAAAACCUGGUUGCCUCUCAUUGGAGGUUGGAACUUGACCGCAAGUAGAUCCUCCAGCAAGACUUUAAGUCCAAGCACUAACAAAAAUCCACAAAGAAAUGGUUAAUUGACCACGAAAUCUACAGACAUGAACCCAAUUGAAAACCUAUGGUUUUAAUUGAAGAGGCCAGUCCAGAUGAAAUCUAUAUUCUGUACUGAAGAAUGGUCUAAGAUCCCUCCAAACGUGUUCUCCAAUCUCGUAUUUUGUUUUUUGAAAAAGGCUCUGUCGUUUAUCUUCACAAGGGGAGGGUGCUAGAGUAUUGAAAACAGAGGUGCCAAUCAUGUUGACCCCAAUCUUAUUGCACAUUUUAUUGAAUAUUUAAUGAAAUAUAUUUCUCUGAGAAAUUGUAUUAGUAUAAAAUAAUAUAAUUUGACAUUUUUGGGGGGCAUACAAUACAGCUCAAUAUUUAUAUUAUUUAUUUUACACAGUCUUUUUUGCUCAUCUUUAUCAAGGGUGCCAAUAAUUAUGGACCUGACUUUAUAUAUUAACAUUUUCCCAAGUGCUCAAAGUUCUUUUAUAUUGUGUAAAAAGGGAUAGCUUACAUUGGUGUAGAAAGGGACUUUUGUUACGUAUCCAGUGCAAUAUAUUAACAUUUUUAAGAAGAUUCCAAAGAAAAUAUGCUUUACUUAGAUUAUAUAUAGUUUAAAAGUGUAAACCUGAACAGUGUCCAGUCAUUCAUGCCAUUGCUGUUUGUACCGAGAUUUAAAAGUUAACAACCCAGAGACUGAAUCUGCCUGUACGAGCCAUUCUCUCAAUGUACAGCAUACAGUAUGUUUGAAAUAUCCUGAAUGUAUACUUUACGAAAUAGUUUUCCCCUUUAUCUGUAAAUAGUUCAUUGCUUACAACUGCAUAAAUGCUUCUGUUCAGCCUGUUUUUAAUUUCAAAUUUAUAGAGUAUGGUAGAAAAUAUGUUUUAUGAACUGCAUCAGUUGUUUUCUUGCUUUUUCUUUUGUUUUGUUAAUCCAGUGUCUUAGUAAUAUACAAAAAGCCAUAUACAGUGCCUUGCAAAAAGUA